AUGGCGAGCUAUCAAGUACACUUGAGGCCCAUCGUCGACUGGGACGCAAAGCCCUUGCCACCGCUCCCACUCGACCCGGGGCGGUCUCGCGGCUAUUACAAACCAGCGCUCAACAAUAACCCCGAGAAAUCACUUGUGGCAGUCCAUAGGAGGGGAAAUGUGUUUCCUCCGGAGCUUGACAUUAGAAGAUUCCACGAGGCCGACUCUCGAGUUGUCGUAGAUAAGCCUAGGCGGACACGACCAAACCACCAAGUCUCGCCCUCGACAGCCAGCGCGCCAGACAACUACACGUCGGCGAAGAGAGAAGAGGACACAGCAUCUGAAAGACUUCGUCACUCGCGCCAAAAAUCGGACCAGCCGACGAGCCGCUCCUCUCGCAGCAAGACAUCACCACCGGCUAUCACGACGGUGGAGGACCUGAGUCUCCCGCCGAAGGUUAGACAAAUCAUCGGCGUCGAUAGUCCUCGCAAGACAAGGGCAGCCCAGUGGAAUCCCAUCUCGACACAGGCUGCUCCAAGCCCAACGACGGCGGCCCGCCCGAUAUCAACAACAAGUGCGUACAGCCAGGCUAGUGGGCCCAGACGGGAAAUGGACAUGUUAUUCCACAUGGAAGAAAUCGUGGAGGAACGGGAAAAGACCGAGGACGGCGAUGAAAUCCAUCGCCGUUUGGAAAGCUUGAUCCAGUCACCCGGCUUCGCAGCCAUAGGUUGCUUUCCGGACAGCCCGACACCAGACCCUCGCUUCUCCCUCUCGGCUGCGACUUCACGCGAGGAUGAGUCGUGGCAACAAGUACCAACAAAUCAGGCCGAGCAGCCAUCGCAAGACCAGAGGAGCAGCCGAGAGAUGUACCACGACUUGGUGCAGGAGCUGGCCCAGAGCGCACCCGCUGCGCUGCCGCCACCGCCAAAGCCCCCAGUUGAGCUCGACGGACGCCCAUCCGAGUCCUCGUCUCUGCAUCACCGGCGACACCACUCUUCGCAAUCAAGGGAGGCAGGUCAACUGCACCGCGGAAACGCACACGCGUCCUGCCCACAGCUGAGCAGGCCAACGCCAAAGUCACCGCAUAUCAGCGUCUUCGACCACGAGUCUUCGGACUCGGAAUCAGACUCAGACUCGAAGCCUCUCUGGUCGCCCAGGUUCGCAUUCUUGGGCCGCCGGCCGGUCUCAAAGCCCAGCAACUCAAAGCCCAGCAAGCGGCGAUGA